CGGCCCGGUCCCCCAGCUCGAGCCCCAACCCUAAAAACCUGCGCAGUCCCCCAGGACCCCUUCGCCGGAGCGCGGCCGUGCCCCCUCCUACUGCUCCCCACCGCCCUCUAAGACGCGCCAGGCCAGCUCCCCGCCCGGAAUGCGGCCGCCCCCUCAACCCUCCGCCAGGCCCUGUCCCGCCGGGCCUUCCAAGUCCCUGUCCCCGUGCUGCGGACUGCGGGCGCACCAGGGCGCAAUCAGGGGACCGGGCAGCACUGGGGGCCCUGCCGGGGGACUCCGGGGCACGCUCGAGCUGCCAGCCAGCAGCCAGGAAUAAGGAUCAGGGCGCUCCAGGCCCCGCGUCCCUCCCGGUUUAUGGGGCGGGCAGGGCCGGGGAUCCGUGUCCGGGACGCCCCAGAUCCCUUGUCCCGCGCGGUCGCGGGUGCGCCCCGGCCUCGCCGGCAACGCGCGCUCCAGGCCCGUGUUGUGUCUCCCUGUCGUGGCUGGGGUGCUUUGAAUCCCACAUUCUUCCUUUUAAAACGCAUGUCUCCCGCUGCUCCAGCCCUCUGGGUCCGCCUCCCUCCUGUGCGGUCGCUCCGGGGUCGACCGGCGCGCUCUGGCCUCCUGUGCGCCGGGAAAGGGAGGAAGGCGCGGCCCGGAAGGCAAGCGCUCAGCCCUCUGAUCCUGCCCUUUAGGGAGCGCGCCACACCAGUAGCAGGAUUAAUGACCAAGGGGAGGGGAGGAGGUACCUGGACAAAGCCCUCGCGCGUUCCCGUUUUCUGCUCCGCGUGUCAAUGUGCGAGCAGUCAGAACAAAAGGAACCAGCACCUGGAUGGGAUCCCUCGGGACUCUUUGUCGGUUCUACUCCUUCUAUGUUUGCUCUCGAGGACUUCCGAGUUAAAUGUUGCAAAUGCCUUUAAACCCAAUAUUCUACUGAUAAUGGCAGACGAUCUUGGCAUUGGGGAUCUUGGUUGCUAUGGGAACGAUACGCUCAGGACACCCAAUAUCGACCGGCUUGCAGAAGAAGGUGUGAGGCUCACCCAGCACCUCGCGGCCGCCCCCCUCUGUACCCCCAGCAGAUCUUCCUUCCUCACGGGGAGGCACUCCCUCAGAUCAGGCAUGGAAGCCGAUGAUGGGUACCGUGCCCUCCAGUGGAACGGGGGAUCGGGCGGACUCCCCGCGAAUGAAACCACAUUUGCGAGAAUCCUGCAGCAGCAAGGUUAUGCAACCGGACUCAUAGGAAAAUGGCACCAGGGUGUGAACUGUGAAUCCCGCACCGACCACUGCCACCACCCACUGAACCACGGAUUUGACUAUUUUUAUGGCAUGCCUUUCACGCUUGUGGAUGACUGUCAGCCAGGCAUGCCCCCGGGACUGGACGCCACGACUAGAGCCCGGCUGUGGCAUUACACCCAGAUGGCGGCACUGGGGGUACUGACUGUUGCUGUUGGUAAGACUUGGAGGUUAAUCUCUGUGUCCUGGAAGGUAGUUCUGGGUGCAGCCAGCCUCGUCUUCCUCUUCUUCAUCUCCUGGUACGCCAGCUUUGGGUUUGUGCGUCGUUGGAACUGUAUCCUGAUGAGAAACCAUGACGUCACAGAGCAGCCCAUGGUUUUGGAAAGAACGACGAGUCUCAUGCUACACGAGGCAAUUUCCUAUAUUGAAAGAAAUAAGCACAGGCCAUUCCUUCUCUUCGUGUCCUUGCUGCAUGUACACAUUCCCCUGGUAACCACAAAACAGUUUCUUGGGAAAAGCCAGCACGGCUUAUAUGGCGACAACGUGGAGGAGAUGGAUUGGCUUGUAGGUGAAAUCCUUAAAGCCGUUGACGUAAAUGGUUUGAAAAACAUGACAUUCACAUAUUUUACCUCUGAUCACGGAGGACAUUUGGAGGCAAGGGACGAACGUGGCCAGCUGGGGGGAUGGAAUGGAAUAUUCAGAGGUGGCAAAGGGAUGGGGGGCUGGGAAGGCGGCAUCCGUGUCCCAGGGAUCUUCCGCUGGCCUGGGGUGCUGCCGGCUGGCCAAAUGAUCCACGAGCCCACCAGCCUGAUGGAUGUUUUCCCCACCGUGGUCCAGCUGGGGGGCGGCAAUGUGCCCCAGGACAGGGUGAUCGAUGGCCGUAGCCUGGUGCCCUUGCUUCAAGGGGCUGCUGAGCACUCUGCACAUGAGUUCCUGUUUCAUUACUGUGGAAAGUAUCUGCAUGCAGCACGCUGGCAUGAGCAGGACAGGGGAAGACUCUGGAAGGUCCACUACAUGACACCACAGUUCCACCCCAAGGGGGCGGGGGCCUGCUAUGGCCGAGGCCUGUGCCCCUGCUCCGGGGACGGCGUGACCCAACACAGCCCUCCUCUGCUCUUCGACCUCUCCAGGGACCCUUCCGAGGCGGAGCCCCUGUCCCCUGGCUCCGAACCCCGGUACCACUCGGUGGUAGCACUGGUGGGCGAGGCAGUGGAUCAGCACAGGAAGACCCUGAGUCCUGUGCCCCCGCAGUUUUCCCUGAGCAACAUCAUCUGGAAGCCGUGGCUGCAGCCAUGCUGCGGAACCUUCCCCUUGUGCGCGUGUGGGCAGGACGAGGUCCCCAGUGAGACAUGACCUCACACUUGGCAGGAUGCCUGUCAUCAGACAGACGGGGCAAAACAUGUUGGCGAGGAUGCAGAGAAAGGGGAACCGUCUUGCACUGUUGCUGGGAAUGCAAACUGGUGCAGCCACUCUGCAAAACGGGAUGGAGUUUCCCCCAAAAAUUAAAAAUAGAGCUAUCCUAUGACCCACUGAUUGCACUCCUGGGUAUUUGCCCAAAGGAAAUGAAAACAGGAUCUCAAAGAUACCUGCACCCCCAUGUUCAUAGCAAAAUUCUUCAGAGCAGCCAAGACCUAGAAACAACCCAAGUGCCCGUCGAUGUGGUCCAUCCACAGAACGCAACACGACUCAGCCACGAGAAGCAAGGAGAUCCUGCCCUUUGUGACAAAGUGGAUGGAACUCAGGGACAUUAUGCAAAGUGCAGUAAGCCAGACACAGAUCCAAAAAUACCACAUGAUCUCACCAAUUCGUGGAGUCUUAACAAUAAAAGAGGGAAGGGUGUGUUCUCUCUUGGAGGGAUGAAACCCCAUGCUACCAUCCUCUGCUUCAUGGCCUCAGGAUGGCUGCAGCAGCUCCAGCCACCACACAGACAUUCCAGGCUGCCGGAAAAAGGGCAUUCCUCCCAGCUGAGUAAGCCCCUGUGAAGGGGAUUCUGCAGAGGUCCUAACCCCGGACUCCUGCUUCCGACCGUAGAAACAACUGGGAAUUAAGAAAUGCACUUUUUGAAGUGGGCACAUACCUGCAGGGGGUAGAAUCAGGGUUAGUCUCAUCAGCCUAAAGGUGAGACAGCCUUUAUAAUGACUUGUCCGAGGUCUUUGAUACAUCAUUUCAUUGCCAAAUUAAAUUAUUUAGCAAAUUUUGAGGUUCCAGCUGGCUUAUAAACCUCGAAUUUCUGCAAGAAACCUCCUUUUGGACUUUUAAAAAAAUUUUUCCCCCCUUUUUUUCAUCCUUUAUAACUUUGUCUGCUUCUCAUGAGUCAGUCUUUUUAAGUGAAACUUUUUUCCGCUCGCAAAACACUGCCAAUAUCCAACUCUACACACAUAUAUUUUAAUGCAAAACUGACUCAG